GAUGGGCCACUUCCGGCGGAGGUGACCCCCCCGGGCCGGCGUUCCACUUGGUACGCUUCAAGAUGGCGGCCCCCAUGGUGCGGUGUGGCAUGCUCCUGGCUCGGAGAUUGUCUACGCGUCGCCUUUCCCUGGCAGGUAAAAGAUGCCUCCUUUCCGCAGCGUACACGGACAGCCACCAGUGGGAAGCAAGAGAGAAGGAGCGGUGCCACCUGGCUGAUCUUGCAUCCUUAAUGGACAAAGCAUAUGAAAGGAAGUUGCCUGUUAGCUCUUUAUCAAUAUCACGGUUUGUGGACAACAUUUCAUCUCGAGAAGAUAUAGAUUCUGCAGAGUACUAUCUUUACAAAUUUCGGCACAGUCCCAACUGCUGGUACCUGAGAGACUGGACCAUCCACAGCUGGAUUAGACAGUGCCUGAAAUACGGUGCACAAGACAAAGCCUUGUACACCCUUGUUAAUAAGGUUCAGUAUGGAAUUUUUCCAGAUAACUUUACAUUCAAUUUACUGAUGGAUUCUUUCAUAAAGAAAGAAAAUUACAAAGAUGCUUUAUCUGUGGUUUUUGAGAUCAUGAUGCAAGAAGCCUUUGAAGUGCCAUCCACCCAAUUUCUCUCCCUUUAUGUUUUAUACCAUUGCCUGGCAGAGAAGACAGACCUCACAUGGGAAGAGGAAAGGAACUUUGGUGUGUCCCUGUUGCUUCCAGGCCUAAAACAAAAAAACACAGUGGGCUUGAGUUCCCAACUGUAUGGCUAUGCACUUCUUGGGAAGGUGGAACUGCAGCACGGGCUGAGGGCUGUGUACCAAGACAUGCCUCUGAUAUGGACACCAGGCUACCUUGACAGAGCCCUUCAAGUGAUGGAAAAGGUGGCCGCCUCCCCUGAAGACCUCAAGCUAUGUAGAGAACCGCUUAAUGUGCUGGACAGAGUCCUGAAGGAGGUGACAUCUCCAGCUGACCAAGCCUCAGAGACAGAGCCCCAGGAAGGUGAAGGUAGCUUGGGCUCAGCAAACCUGGUGGAGCAGCUAGACAUCGAGGAACCAGAACAUUCCAAGCUUCCACGAUACCUGGAGCGAUUUAAGGCCUCUCAAUCUAAACUGCAGGAGUUGGGCAGAGUUGAAUCAGAAAGUCUUUUGACUCUGACCACCCAGCUUGUUAAAGAAAAACUCCCAGCAUGUGAGGCCGAGGACCUGGCCGCUUAUGAGCAGAAGUUGCGUGAGUGGCACCUGGAGCAGGUGCAGUUGAUCCAGAGGGAACAGGAGCAGAGGGAGAGAGCUAAGCAAGAAUACCAGACACUGAAUGCAGCGAAGACUGCAGCCUAAAGGGCCCAGGCUGGCCCUACUCAAGGACUGUGUGGGCCACCCCAGCAUUCAACCCGGACAGGAUGGGACUCGGCCUCUGCUGUCCAUCUUCUCCUUUUCCCACAGAAAGCCACAAUGUGCUGCAUGUCAAGACACUGCCCAUCCAGAUGUCAAUGGCAGUGGCAAAUUAUUGGGCCAAAGCCACCAGCUAAAUCUCUUAAUGGGCUUUCAGGGCUCACAGUGGAGUCCUGGUCACAGAGUGUGAAAAGUUCCCAAUAUCUGGGGAGGGUAAUGGGAGAAGUGAUAGCUAAGGAAUUGGUCUGCAGCACGGGGGAGGGGGUGGUGGGUGGUGUUUGAAUGGUUUCAUGCCCCUGCCCAGGCACAUAGGGCCACAAGCUGCAUGUCCUGAGACCUUGUGCCCCAUAGUCCCUGACUAGUGCAGAUAUCCUGGUGAUGGGACCCUGGGUGCUCACACAUUCCCACUGCCUCUUUCCCACUACACCUUGCCCUCCUCUUACCCUCUGGGAGAAGUCCAGCACAGGUCUCUAGACCAUAAUCUCACACUAGAUUUCUGAUUGUCGGAACCCACGGUCACACUUAUGGAGAAACUUUGCCCUGGGUGUGAGAUCCUGUGGGCUUCUUUAGCAUGUUGGAGCAACUUUUUCCCAUACAUUGUCAGAUUGUAAAAUGAACCUUUGGUAUAGGUGUGUGCACACAUGUACACACAGAGACAACUUUAGAGCAAACCUUUCUAUUAAAGCAGGAAAGGGGUGGAACUUGAAAUGCAUAGCUGAUGGAAAUCAGUGCAGUCUGUCAGAAGAUGGGACAUUAAUAUUCCUGGAAGCCUUUCUGGGAGAAGGCCAUGGGCAUUGCCUCCUGUGUAGUGAAUGCUGUUUUUAAGUGCAAGGGUGCAUCUUAAUCAAUGUUGUACUAUCAAAACCUGUAGAAAUAAAGAUGCCAAAGUAAUGUCAGUACAUUUAUCUUUGGUGAAAAGGAG